UUAUAAAGUCUAUUGAAUUUACUUAUUAUAUUGAGAAUUGUAAACAAGGAAAUAUCUGGGUGAGUAGGGUGGCGCACGCGUUGCAGCAACCCCGCCCUAUCGGAGUAUAUGCCAAGAAAGGUAAAUCAGUGAGGACAGUCGCAUUUUAACUCGGGAAUCGUGUGAAAGGCUGGAUGGUUUUGAAUUUUCAAAAAGCGGUUUUCAUAUUUACCGCAAUGCUUUUCAUUAAUAGUAGAAAUAAUAAUUUUCAAGGAGCAAUAAGUGGCACUAAUGUUCUUAAUUUUUUCACAAUGUAACUUGAUGGAAAAUAGAAGAGGAAAGUUGACUAUAAUCGGAAAAUUCGACAAAUUCCAUUUACAUUAAUUUUGACAUCAUAUAUUAUUAUAUAAUACCAUAUUAUAGAAAUUCAAUCAAUAUUUCUAAAUUGAAGGGAAGAAUCAAUCGAUUUCAUGUAUUUGAUAUACUAUAUAGGAAACGAUCUCAGAAGUGGACAACUAAGGACCUACAAAUAUAAAAUAGAUUGCUUGAUAAAAGUACUCGAGUGUCAAUGUGUUACUGCUAAAGUAUUGACAGCAAGAAUGUUUGUUUCAAAAAAGAAGUGGUGUAAAUCUAGUUAUCCUUUGGAACCGUCUAUUAGUAAACACUAUGUAAAUUAUUAGUGAUACUUUUAUCAUUAAUCGAGGUAUAUUUACCUCUGUAAUUUGUAACAAUUUUUUAAUGCUGAAUGCUUUAUAAUCAAAAUAAAAAGAAUUGACGAGAGGAAUUAACGUUUUAGAAGAAAAAUAAUCAAAGGAAUUCAUUUCUAUUCUACGAGUUUUUUACACCUUUAUAUUAAAGAUAUUAAAGAUAAAGAUAUUAAAGAAAAUGUUUAUGAAUUGAAGAGUAUGCUUAGAAACUAGUUUGCAGUAAUUGAAAGACAAUACAAAUAAAAAUAAAAAAUAUUAAGUAUUCACUGCCUUCUAAUGCUCGUCCAUCAAAAAUAUACACAUAAAAAGUAUGUAGAAAUAAAAAAAAGAAAAAGCAUAUAAAAUAUGAAGAAUUUAUGCAUACACGGAAUAUUUUCAAAUGCCAUGGUGAAUUUAUUAAAUUUAUUAAACGGAGAAUUUAAUUCCAUAAACGAUUUAAGUAAUUGGAGAUGAUAACUAUGUUCUUUUGAAAUAUAGUGCCGUUUACACAAUGUUACAUGUUAUAAACAUUUAAUCGAUAAAUUUUGAAUUUGCUGCAAUAUAAAAUUGUAUCCAGUCUGCCAGUAAGAAUGCACGGGAGUAGUUCUGAACUUCUAUUGGAUGCUAGUUGUAGCCAGUGCCAAAAUACAUUAGAUAAUUGCCAUUUAAAGGACCAAGAACAACGACGUCAUAAACUAUUAGAAUUUGGAUUUAAUAAAUCGAGUCGAAGUCCACCACUGCGUACAUUUCGUCAGCGAUUUAAUUUUUAUGCCACCUCUGCUUUGGCUUUGGUUGCAACAUCAGGUGGAGCUGCGUUGCUCUUCUUGGUGCCAUUAUAUGUUGAUCCGGCAAUAAGUACAUUAGCUGCUGAUUUUUCCCCCGAACCAGUCACGUGCACCACCAUUCGAAGAGAGGAUCUCGCUGGUUUGUUCAAUUGUACCUGGAGUUCAUGUAGAGAGGGUUGCACCAGUGAUGUGUACAAGUGUACUCAUAUAUACGUAACUUAUGAUCCAUGGUCGAAUUCAAGUGUCGCAAACGAGACCGUGACAAACGCGACUUCUUUAAUUUCAACUCUAUCCACUAGCUCAAUGAUGACAAAUACUUUUGGAAUAGAAGCUGUUCUUUUGGUGAACAUCAAAGGUUGUGGAUAUCCACCGUCAGUAGAUUGUGAAAAUUUCACACGAGAACUGGGUUUUGAGGGUAUAAAAUUUCCUUGUUAUUAUAGUCGAGUUAACUUAAGUAUAGUAAUGGCAGACUACAGUCGUGAAACGCAAGUCGCGACAAUUAUGCAUUUCUUCGCUGCACCUUUCGUUGUGACUUUGGCAACUAGUGUGGCGCUCUGUGUUAUGCACUGUGACUGCAGAUGCUCCGUACCUUCUCCAAGACAGCCUCCAAGAGAUUUAAGGAAACAUAAGCUUAAUGAUCUAAGUGAGCACUCGAUAAGCAAUCAGGUGGAUCGUAAAGAGUUACAUUCAGCACUUUGCGAGUGUGGAGAAUUUUCCAAGCCCUUGUGACGUCGGGAAGAAUUAAUUGAAAUUACUACAAUUACUUUGCAAUCCGAUCUUUAAAAACAAACCUAUCUACUUGCUUUAUGCUCACUUUAUUUUAGGUUAUGUUUACUUUUAUAGAAAUCUUAUAAUGCCUUGCGCUAUAUGCAAUCUUAAGGGAUUGAAUUUGUACUAACAAUUUUUAAAUAUUUUUUACUUUGUGAAAGAAAUUCUUUAUUAUGUACAUUAAAAAAAAAUGUAAUGUAUUUACUGUAUAAAUUAAAAGC